AUGACGUCGUCGGGGAAACUAUUUCUCGCGAAGGCGGCGGUGGCGGAGGCGGCUGCUGCGGUGAUGACGACGGACAUGAUUCCAUUUCGAUCCUGCAUCAUUUUGAACGACACUACAUUGAUAGCUGCAUGUUUCUACAAGUACAAACGACCUGUGGAACAACUAUCACGAAAAAGAAAACGCUAUGGAAUAUUACAUAAUGAAACAUGUGGAACCUAAACAACAGAGACUUAAACUGGAUGGGCCGAGGUC